CCACAAGCCACCUGAAAUGCCUGAGGGAGGCGGGGCAUGGCCCGGGCAAGGCCGAGAUGACGGACGAGGAGAUGGCCGAGGACGAGGAGGAGAUUGACCACGCUGAGCGGGAGCUGCGCCGUGGCCAGAUCCUCUGGUUCCGUGGCCUCAACCGCAUCCAGACCCAGAUGGAAGUAGUUAGCACCUUCAAGAGAAGCGGCUCCUUUCAGGGGGCCGUGCGGCGCCGCUCCUCCGUGCUCAGCCAGCUUCACGAAGUAACCAAUCUUUCUACCCCUACUCACGUAAUUCUAAUGGAAGUAGUUAGCACCUUCAAGAGAAGCGGCUCCUUUCAGGGGGCCGUGCGGCGCCGCUCCUCCGUGCUCAGCCAGCUUCACGAAGUAACCAAUCUUUCUACCCCUACUCACGUAAUUCUAGCCGCUGGCAAUCCCACCGCUGCCACCAUCGGGA